CGGUGAGCUGACUGUUUACGCAUUCUGUCAAAGGGGCGGCUGCGGAGUAUGUGCCGAUCGUAAGUUUCUGCACGAGGGCUGAUGGGAAGACUGAUUGCGGGUGCUUGAUAACUUGUGAACUGUUCUACUUGCCUGCGAGGUGGGAUCGUGUGAUGGUGAUGCGAUCAAAAGAUUCUCCAACGUGACAUACGAAGACGCAGGGUAUGAGGAAUGGGUUUAAAGUAUCUCAUGCAAGGUCACUGUGACUGUCACACUGCAGCAAUUGCUCCCUUGCAUGAAUUCCAUCGUGAACCCAUUGUAAGCAUUUACAAGCUACUUGUCAGCCUGGAGCUUGGAACAAUGUGUCAUGCACCCGAACCUGAAAUAAAGAGUCCACAGUCCAAAAUUCAUGAACAUGAUUCCUUGAUCCAGAUCGCAGGACAGCACACGCCAAAAGGGGCGACGCCACAGCCUGGAACUGUGGCAAAACCCCAAUCCGUAUGCCUGCCAUCCACUGUAUUGCGGCGUAAUAGUGCUGCAGUGUAACUAUGAACGAACCUUUUAUCGUGCAGAACACGACCACAAGUCGGUUGCAGAGAUGCACAUGAAGGAAGUGAAGAUUCCAAGUUCUCAGUUCUCAUCAUGACCGAGAUGAAGAGAUCUCUCUCUAUCUCUCUUGCAUCGGUUGAAAAUUCCAUUUGUGAAAUUGGGGGAUCGUCCAUCACUCUAAUGCUCCUGCUCGACAUCUGGUGAAAAUUGGAAGUGACUUGCUUGCUACCUGUGUGAAGCACGUGACCUCCAGCCAGCAUAAUCUUCAAUGACAAUCUCGAGUUUUGCCCUUAAGUUUGCAACCACGACUUCUUCGGAUAUGGUACGUGAGAGUGCGCGAGCUCUUAAUCUAGAAUCUCGCGAGCUGAAGAUCCUGCAGUACUGCUCGUCUGCACUUCGAUCAGAGUGUAUUCUGAGGACAACCAUCAAACUUGCCGAGCAGACAAACCCAUGUGAUGCAAAGCUGCCGUCUAAACUCUAGAGGGUCCCUGAUCUUCCUCUGUAGCAUGGUAUUUCGAUUUGUUUAUGUAUCACAACAGUUAAGACAUCAAAAGGGG